AGCCCGCAGUCCAGGCGGGCGCGGCGGCGGCGGCGCGAACCUCGGCGACAGCUCCUCCGGGCUUCCCCGGCACCCGCGAGCAUCUCGCGCGUGGCUCCGGCCGGCGCAGCCCUCGGGCCGGGCCGGAUGACCAGGCGCCUGUGAGCCCCGCCGCGCUCUCCCGGCCCCGCGCAGCCGCCGCCCGCGCGCGCGCGCGAUUCGUCCCGGGACCCGGCACAGAUUGAAGAACUAUGGAGGCCAAUACCACGCUGGUCAUCGGCAUUGUUUGUAGCAGCUUUGUCAUCUUUCAGGUUCUUUUCCAUUUUAUAAGUUACUGGUUUUCAGCAAAAGUUUCUCCAGGUUAUAGUAGUCUUAGCGUCGAAAAGAAGAUUGAAUGGAACUCAAGGGUAGUGUCUACGUGCCACUCUUUGCUGGUUGGGACUUUUGGCUUAUACCUGUUCUUCUUUGAUGAGGCUACUAUAGCUGAUCCACUCUGGGGUGAUCCAUCGCUUGUGAAAUUGAAUAUUGCAACUACUUCAGGCUACCUCAUUUCUGAUUUAUUGAUUAUACUUUUGAAUUGGAAAGUGAUUGGCGACAAGUUUUUUGUCAUUCAUCAUUGCUCAGCACUAGCUGCAUUCUUCUUUGUACUGAAAAAGGGAGUGCUUGCGUACAUUGCCAAUUUCCGCCUGCUUGCUGAGCUUUCCAGCCCCUUUGUGAACCAGCGGUGGUUCUUUGAAGCCCUGAAGUACCCCAAGUUUUCCAAAGCCAACGUCAUCAAUGGAAUUCUCAUGACAGUGGUCUUUUUCAUUGUGCGGAUCAUUGCAAUACCUCCAAUGUAUUCCUACAUGUACUCCGUGUACGGAACAGAACCCUUCAUAAGGGUUGGAUUUACAGUUCAGUUUAUUUGGCUCUCUUCUUGUCUUGUUUUGGAUGUGAUGAAUGUCAUGUGGAUGAUCAAAAUCACGAAAGGAUGCCUCAAAGUCAUCUCUCUCAUCAGACAAGAAAAAGCGAAGAAUAGCCUUCAGAACGGAAAACUCGAUUAAAGGCUUCAUCAAACACCUCUGUUUCCAUAAGCCAUCUUCAUUCCUCCACGUCGCAUCUACUGGUAGAUGAGCUCCUGGCAUGUUCCUGUGCUGCUCUGUUAGUUAUGAUUGUUAAUCGGGGAUUCAGUGUUUUCUUCUUCCUUUUCUUUAAUCUUUAGUGAAGAGAAAAUAAAAUUAGUUUUCACUCCAAGGUUUUUCCUCCCUUCUGCAUUUUAAGCAUGGAUAGAAAUGGCAAGGUUUAAAUAAAAGUUGUAAGUAGGGCAGUGAAACUUUUCUGAACUCUCAGUGUACAUGGGGAUUCAUUCUCUGCAGAGAAAUGACUGGUAGUUUGGUGGCCUUGGCACGCCACCCAUUGUGCCGAAGGAAUGAGAACUACUUUUCAGUCUGUAAGCAGCUCAACAUGUUGUGUUUUUAUUUUUUUUCUACUGUCAGUGCCCGGGUAGGGUAUAAUUUCUAAGUUGCCAACAUGUCCUUUUCCCCAGGCCAUCGGCAAUGACACAAUUUCAUUUGGAUAUGCAGUCAUCUAUUAUGAUGGAAUAUUUCUUGCCUUGAUAAUACCGUAUUUGAAAACACUUCAUGCAUUUUAAGAUUUCAGAUGUUGCUUUAUUUUUAUCCUUAGUGCUUUAUCCGAUUAUAUUUUAAAAAUUUUAUAGUCAGGCAAGGCCUAAGACCCAUUGUGUGGAUCUUGGGGAUAAAGGUCUUCUAAAAGUGCAUGAUGAGAGAUGACCACCAAAGCUAAUAGGAGGACUCUUUAGGAACGCGUCCUCACUACUACUGCCUUCCCCUCUGUUUCCUUGUACUUUUCCCACGAAAAACAUACUUCCCUGAGUUCAAAGCCUGAUACCAGAAUAUCAGUCUUUUCCCAAAUGCAUUUGACAUACUCCUGAAAUUGGCCUUAUUUUGGCGAGACUGAAACUAUAGACAAGUCGGUGUUUGUGUUUUACUCACAGAUUUUACUCAAACUUGCUUAGUUUAUCUUUGCUUUUUUGUUUUUCUUAAAGAGCAGGAAGGAAGGAAGGUGAUUUAACCCAAUUACUCUGAAAUUGUCAUUCUGUGUGUUUACUUUUACUUUGGUUCUUUCAAUCCAAAUAUAGAAUUAUAUAUUUAGCUAUUGUUGCCUUUAUUUAUUUUUUUCUGAAGUACUUGACUUUAAUGAUUGUUCUUUAGAAAAAGACUUAAUUCAAUUAGUGGGGAAUACUUGAAUUUAACUGAACCUAAACCAAAAGAUCUAAUCCAUUUGGAGUCUGAGAUUUUAGGAGGACGUUUGACUCUCUUUCAUUAUUCAUCUUGUGAUGAUGAAAGGAGGCUAGUGGAAUGUAAUCCAAACAUUUAAUGUAAUGUAUUUUAGUUUAAUUGUCUAAUACAAGUAGAGCCUGGCAAGUUCUUAUAUGUGUAAAGAUGGGAAUUAAGCUUCAGUCAAUCAAAUAAUAGAGUUAGGUUGAUUGUCUCAUAAUUGGUAUAUUUCCUCUUGAAAGAUGAAUGUAAAAGAUAGGACUUUAUCUGAAAAGCAGCUACUGCUACAUUGGUAAUGGCUUGCCAAGUUUAUUUCUGUCUACACCAUAGGCACAUGAGUGUAUAUUGGUGGUCUAAAGGGUAAAGGUAUAGGAACACGAGUGAUUUUAUAUUGUUCUUGGCUCUUUUACAAAGGGGUAAGAAGACAUUUGUAUUAUAAAACUAUUUUGGAAAUUGACUAAGAAAGGAAUAAAUCUUGAGAUAAAUAUUUUUGACUCUUUGGAUAUCGCUGUAGUUCUGGACAGAUUUUAAACUCACCAUCAAAACGAUGACAAUAUACAGUAAUGAAUCUCCAUGUAGGCAAUAAUUGUUUUGUGCUUAAAAGGUCAUUUCUAUUUCAUUGCCAUUGGCUUUUCAUAGCCAGUCACCAAAUAAGUAUGUUCAGAAUAUCAAACAUUAAACUAAGAUUUGUCGUUGCCUCUGUUAGCAUGCCUUAUUAGCUGCAGCAUCCAAAAUUCAACUUCCCACGUUCUUUCAGAGAAGAGAAAUGCAAUGGAAAUGCCCUGCAAACUGCCACUGCAAGUCAGCCCCUCACCGCGGCUGCAUUUUGCUGUUCUGUGAUUAUAUUUAUCAACCUAAAAUACAAAUAAAGACAGAACAUGAUGUUUGUUAAAACAAUAAAAUUUUCAUUUAUGGAAUAACAAAUUUUUGCUAGAUAUUUUAGAUAUUAAGUAUUUUGGCUACAUGGAUUAAUUCAAAUGAGUCUAUUAGGCAUUCUGAUAUUUAAAACUCUUAAAAAUAUUUAUAGAAAAUAAGAGCAAAUUGGUAUAAAUUUUUAAGCAGUUCUAUUUUUCUAGAAAAGAUUAGUGACAAUCUGAAUGUGUAGUAUUCUAGAAAAUAAAAUUUCUUGUGAAACUUAAAAAAAAGAGCUAAAAUGAACUAAUAGCAUGCAAGAUCGUGGAUCCUGCAUUCAAUAUUUUAUGUGUGAGACUUAACAUUUUUCAAGCUUGGGUUCAUAGAAUUUGCAUUCUUGUGUCUAAAAUCAUUUGGAGAAUUGUUUGCAUUCACUUGAAAUUCAAAAUGGAGUUACAUAUACAUGCAAAGAAAUUAACUCAAACUAAAUUACUCUCUGGCAUGUUGGCUUUUUGCAUUCUAACUGAUUUUUUUAUUUCCUGGGCCAGCUACAUGUUAAGAGAUGAGUAAUGGUACGUUGUUACUAUCUCUGAGAGUCACUUUGCUGUAUUUUGGAUAAACUGAGUCUAGGAAGGUCUGGUUGGAAAAUUGCCUAGUUUAGAAGUAUUUGGAUGAAAUCUUUCAUAAAUUUUAAUAAUUUGCUUAACUCAGUUUUUGUCCAAGUGUCAGAGUCUUUACUUGCUUCCUUUGAGACCUCGGGCAUUUGGAGACAACUUCUUCAUGAGGAUUCAGCUUGACUGUGGGUAGCAUUUCUAAGGCAUUUGGGAAUGUCGUUUUGUCAUGGAGGCACAAAGGGAAAAGUGCCGUCACAAUGCACAUUUCUUUCCUUUCAUUAUUAAGAAGAAUCAGCAUGUUCCACAAGACCUUAUUAACCUCUCUGGAUAAUGUUUUUCCUACGUUGCUGUUACCUCUGUAAAUAACGUCUUAAAGACUGGUUCUCUUGUACUGUCUUGCUUUAAGCCCUUUCGUUCUUUGUGCAGUUGGAAACUCCACAUGGUUCUGGGCGUCCAGAGAGUUUCACAGAAGGUGAUGCAUUUUGUUUUGUGUUUUGGAUUUUAUCGAAAGGAAACAUGCAGUUUGUCAGAACGGCAGUGUUUUUCAGCAGGUGGGAGUCCACACACCAGUGUGAACCUUGCUGUAUGAAGAGACUCUAAAGAGACACACAGACCUUCUGGCCUUAACCACAACUGGCUCACGCUAAAGCUGCUGAAAGCCAAUCCUGAUGCAAAACUCUGAUGAUAUGUGUAGAAAUAAGAAAAGCCCAUAGGACCUAGCGUGGGAGACAGCAAUACUGCCUUUGCUUUCAGAGACGGUAUUUCUUCCUCUGUGGGGCGUUUUCUGUCUGAACUCACCUGUCUUGUUCACUCUUCUCUCUAAUGCCCCACAGACUUCAGUGUCCUUUCCAUAUGCCAGGACCUUUCUGCAUUUCUCUCUGAGACAUCCCCCAGUCAUCUGUAUGCUUCUCAAUCUCUUGUGGCAAGUUUCAAAGUUUACCAAUAGGUUUCCUCAUGGAAACAAGCAUCGCAGGAGCGUGAAGAUCUGACAAACCACAGUUUACUAAGAGGCUAUGGGAAGCCGGUUAGGACGUAAUAAAACCUGUUUAAAACAUGAAACAAAGGUAAUUAUGGUGUUAUUAGGAACCGUCUGUAAGCUCGUUCCUAAACUUGCCUAGUGACAAGAGUUUUAUAAAGUUCCAGCUGGGGAUCUACCAUAGACGUGUUCAUUAUAUAAAUUUCCUUUUAGAACGCAUGGCAGUAUUGAGGGUGUAGAAUGGAGCUGUUUUGGUGAGGACAGGGUCUGGCUUGUGGCAGACUGUUUCAGAGUCUUGCUUUUUAAUUUGAAAACAAACUUGCUAGCCGAUGAGUUAUGUCAUGUUUCCGGGAGUACAGCACCCGGGGACUUGAGCCUUGGUACCUCUGUGGUCCAGACUUUAGCUUACACCUACUUGGUAGCGUGUCGUACUUUGAUUAUUUGCAAUAGCAGCUUCUAAGAACAGUGUGUUUGCAUGUAUCCACAUUUACACGUAUCCACUCCAAGCAGCAGUUCAGAUGCCAGGCCCUACACACAAGACCAAACACAAUGAAAACUAUUUCUAAAUCUCAGAUUUAUAAGCUCCAUACACUCUGGCUGGAAACUUGUUAGACACUGUCUCACUUUUUUUUUUCUUUGCAUUUUUACGUAAUUCUGCAAUUGAUGUGCGUUAUAAUCAUUUCUUUUUUGGAUAACGAACGGAACCUAAAAAUGCGGCUGUAAAUAAAGUGUGCUCUGUAUUUUGUUUCUUGCUUGGUUGGUUUCUGAAGGAAUAUGUCUGCUUUUUACUUAAGGAAUUUUGGUGUAGAUGAUAUUCUUAAAAGUAGGGUAAGUUAUGGGGUUUUUAAGUUAUUUGAAUUUGUGAUAACAUUUCACCUUGGAUCUUAUUUGCAAAAGCCACUUUAGAACAGCAGUACAUGUGUUCGUUAGCUGUAGUUACAUGUACAGCCUUUCUCUGAUACUAUCAUAUAUUAUAUUGUCAUAAAGGUUUUUGAAGCCUCUCAAAAUAUGCCUAAUAAUUUAUUUCCAUAAGACUGAAGAGUUUUAUUUACAAAACACAAGACCAGAUAAUUUCCAAACCAGUGUUACCAAGCUGUAUCAGUAAUUAAAAUUUAAUCUGGGACCUUUGAUUUUGGUUUCUGGUUGUGCUUUGUUUGAAGGGGUAAUAAGUGUCUUUUUGGUACUUUCAUUAAAAUUUUGAAAUGUUUGUAUACUUUGUAUGUGUGCCAUUUUCAAGUUUAUGCAAGUUCUAAGCAAUAACCUGCAUGGUCUACCUGGUCAGCAUCCUGUGUCUUGACAGUUUCCUUUCAUAUUAAGAAUGAUACAAACCAACAUUGUAUAACCCCUCUCCCAACGAACACCUUGGGAUUUUCUUGUGUUGAAACACUGCUAUAAUGUGGUGCAAACUUUGUAUUUUGUGGAGAAAAAAAAAAUAAAGCCACACUAUUUAGUGCAAAA